GCCAGAGACACUCGACCAGCCAACAGCUUGAUGGGCCGCACUCGAUGGAUGUGCAACGAGAGCGAACUUUCAGAGGCAUGCGCAAACCGCCAGACCUGCGCCUCAGCCGGCUUUUGCGGCAUCAGCAGAACCUGAGCGUGGAGUUGCUGAAGACUGUGUGGCUGGUUUGGCGUCAGAAGUUAAGGCUGCUGCGGUUGCAGGCGGCGUUUCCAGAUGGCCUCAGUCUGCUGAAAGCUUGGCAGGGCUGGCGGCUGCUGGCGCGCGUGCAGCAGCUCGCGGCGCUGCGGGAGCACUCGGCCGCGCUGAGUGGCGAUGCCCUGCAGGCCGCCGAGGACCACCUACAAGUCCUGGAGCAGCGGCGCACAGAGCAGCGGCUUUUCGCCGAGAAGCUGGACGCAAAGCUCUCCAAAGCGCAAGCUCAGCUCUUAAGGCUGACAGUCUGGCAGUGCUGGAGCAGUUGCACCCAGAAAGAGAGAAGUGCGCGCCUGUGCCUGCAGCGGAGGCGCCAGGUCUGCGGAGCCCUGGCUGUGCAGCAGGCGGAGGCCAAGCUGAAAAGUUUGGUGAAGAGCUGGCGCCAGGUUGCGAUGCAGUUGCAGCACCGGAGCGAGGCGAGGAGGGCCUUUCUGGAGUUCCAGCUGCUGCGCUGCAGCCAGCUGGACAAGGAGUGGCUGAGCACGGUGCUUGUCAGGUGGUUCGGAGCGCGACCGAAGAAGAGGCGCAGGCGCAGUUUGCAGCACGCGAAGCUCGUUGGGGCCUGGCAACUCAUUUUCGUACAGCGAGUGGAAGAAGAAGUUAGGCAGAAGCUGUUGGCGCAAGCG